UUUUACUGGCCGUUUCCGUAUGGCAUUCAGAUAGUCAUGAGUGAGGAUUACAGCAAAUAAAGGUAGCCAUUGGGUUCUUGGUACAUCUUUCUAGUGGCGAAGACCCGUCUCCUUUUCGUUGGUACGGAAGCCGAGAGAGGACGGGUUGGUUACGCGGCGGCGGUGGGUCUCCACCCGAGAGUAUGGCGGCCAGGAUUGUAUUGGUGAGCGCAUAAGGAACGGGAAGAGGUGGUGGUGAAAAUAAUCAAAGAAGAACGCUUGUAUUAAUAACUUUUAAAAAUAGGAUUUAUUUAUCAACAGUUGUUGAGUUAAUACGCGCCAGUCUUCUUUCAGAGUCAAUCAUCAGGAACCGUCCUGUUUUUUCACCAAUGUCUUCGCUGGAGCAAGUUUUGUUUUUAUGAUGCAUAGAAUGGUAAGCGAAGCAGAUGAAAAACCACACGUUUCACAUUGUCCCGCGUUUUGAUAGCUUGUAAUGCACAUUUUGAAGUUGCCUGGGGGAAUUUCUACAAUGAAAUACAUCGGUCAGCGAGGCUUUGUGUUCUGCUUUUGUAUUUGCCAUUGCUGAACGGUGGUAAGGAAGGCAAUAUUUUUUUUUAUAUCCGUUCAAAAUGGAACACUAAUAAAUGUUAUUUGCGCGGGGAUAGCUUUCGACAAUCUCUUGAAAUCAUCAACUAACAAGGGAGCAAUGCGCGAGUACAAAGUGGUGGUCCUUGGCAGCGGUGGGGUCGGGAAAUCCGCCCUCACUGUUCAGUUUGUCACCGGGACUUUUAUUGAGAAAUACGACCCGACCAUAGAGGAUUUUUACCGCAAAGAAAUCGAGGUGGAUUCCUCACCCUCUGUUCUGGAGAUUCUUGACACUGCUGGUACUGAACAGUUCGCAUCCAUGCGGGACCUUUACAUCAAAAAUGGCCAAGGCUUCAUACUUGUCUACAGUCUUGUCAACCAGCAGAGCUUCCAAGACAUCAAACCCAUGAGGGACCAGAUCAUCAGAGUGAAAAGGUACGAGAAGGUCCCAGUGAUCCUGGUGGGGAACAAAGUGGACCUGGAGAGUGAGAGGGAGGUGUCGGCCAGCGAGGGCCAGGCUCUGGCCGAGGAGUGGGGCUGUCCCUUCAUGGAGACCUCGGCCAAGAGCAAAACCAUGGUGGACGAACUGUUUGCCGAGAUUGUUCGGCAGAUGGACUACGCCGCCCAGCCAGACAAGAAUGACCCAUGCUGCUCCUCCUGCAAUAUACAAUAGCCCCAGGGACUAGGGCGACGCCAGGGGAGAGGACGUAGUCCAGGGCCUCGGGCGUCGCCAGGGGAGAGAGGACGUACCCCCAGGGCCUAGGGCGACGCCAGGGGAGAGGACGUAGUCCAGGGACUAGGGCGGCACCAGGGGAGAGAGGACGUACCCCCAAGGCCUAGGGCGACGCCAGGGGAGAGAGGACGUACCCCCAGGGCCUAGGGCGACGCUAGUGGCCAGUGGAGAGAGAACAUAGCCCCAGGGCCUAGCGGGACGCCAGGGGAGAGAGGGAGUCUGCAUACAGGAUGACUCACAGAGAGGGGGACAAUAUUUACACCAACAACAGCGACGAUUAACAAACUCAUGGUAGAAAUGUGGUGGAAUUGAACUCUUUGGUGCAUAAAAUCAGUCAUGAUGUAAUUAAUGAUAUGUUCAUAAUUAAUGGAAUUAAAUUAGGAAUUCAAAGGAUUUGCCUCAAGAGAGAUUGACAAACAAACAGGACUACAGAAAAGUGCACUCGCUUUAUGCUAUCCUGUUUUCUCCGUCUUGAGUCGUCUGUCGGAAUUACUGAACAGGAUGUGUACUCUUUAUGCUGUUCUGCGAUCAUUAAUAUGUUUCUUUAACAUAGUUUUAGUUUUGUUGAUAUGACCCAGUUUUUCUCUCAGCACAUCGAGCUGGAGCCUUCUUUCUCCAUUUUAACUGACAGAGCAGAAGAUAGCAACUGCACCGACUCAAGAGGAGGUAAUCCCUCAGAUCUACUUGUUUGAAACAUGGAUGAGUAAUUAAUGUGUACUAGGUUUCUCUGUGCAGGAAAAGAGAAAGCCUACCUACCUUUAUCCAAUGAGAUGUGUUGUACUCAUCACUAGGGCCAGAAUCAAAGAGGUGACUUGAAUGAGCCUCUUUUUCAUUUUCUAUUUUAUUUGUUUUGCAGAAGGGGUAAAAACCGUUGGAAAAGACAGUCUUGCUUCCUGUUUUCCCCUUUUUGUUAAGUGUAGCAGAGGUGUCUGUCUUUAAUCCUGUCUUUCAUUUUGGUGUUAGAAAGUUCUGAUGACAGAUUGCUGAAUAUUGUAACCGUUUCCUUCAGAUGGUACUAGAAGGACUCUUUAUAUUUCAGUAUUUGAAUAUCUCUACAGACUCUAGAAACGGUUUUCUUUUCAGUAAUGGGUGCCAUCCCACAUCCUCUCCAUUGAAUUUGAUUUUGAUUGGGUAUCACAAUGAAAUGGGGUGCAACGUUUUCUCAACAUCCCACUCCUCUUUAAGUAUUCAAAUGUAUAGUAGUAACAGUAAUGAUGAUGAUGAUUAUAAUUGUUAUUUAAAAGUAGUGUAAAUAUUUUGUCUGGAAAGUUCCAGCUCCUAUGAAGACAGUGACUGAACUGUUGUCAACCGUAUCAGUGGAGGUUGCUGAGGGGAGAACAGAAUUUUAAUAAUGGCUGUAACGGAGCAAAUGGAAUUGCAUCAAACACCUGGAAACACUGUGUUUGAUAUCAUUCCACUGAUUCCGUUCCAGCCAUUAUCACGAGCACAUCCUCCCCAAUUAACGUGCCACCAACCUCCUGCGAACUGUAUGCAUGGCUAGUAAACAAAAAAAAGAGGACUUUAUCAUUUGAGAUUAUUAUAGGCUGUGUAAACUUAGAAACCAGACACAUGCACAUCUGGGUCCGGACACUGUCUCAACGACACAUGGUUGUAGGCCACGGGGAGCCAGACCUUCCCUGGUUUACCAUUACCAUUACCAUUUGAUCUCAUUUUUAUGUCACCAUUUACUCUUUCUCCCUCCCUAAAUGAAUGGAUGAAUGACACUUUCAUUUAGCACCUACACAAUAAAAGUGUGUUUAAUAACACAAUGCA